AUGAAACUCCUCUCCGCAUCCCUUUUCGCCGCGCUCGCCAGUACAGCCCGCGCUUGCGAAGGCGCAUGCAUUGUUGGUGUAACGGACGUCUGGCUCAGCAACUACACGGCCGUUGUGCAGAACGUCUUCGACCAGACUUCAAAGGCAAUUGCCGAGCGCCUCGUCCCGAAUCACGCGGGCGACGCGAGUAGUUAUCUGCGUCCGCUGGCGGAGCAGUAUAACAACGCGUCGUACGACGGAAUGGAGAAAGCCAUCUUCCCGAGCUACUUCCACGGCAAGUGCCAACAAGAUGGCGUCGAGCCCGAGGGAUGCCCAAACCCCGACUGCCCCGUUGUCUGCGGCACGCCGGGCUCGCUCGUGCACUUCUACAGCACGCUCCGCUUUAUCGCCUUCAACCAGACCCGCACCCUGCUGCAGGACAUCAUGUCCCCCGGCAGCCCCGGCUACCAGCAGCUAGAAGACGCCGUCAUCCGCGAUGCCUCAGCUUCUGGCACCACCCGUCGUACUAUGAACGUCGCACCGCCCCGCAACUCUACUCGCAGUCCGACCAAGAAGGGCUCCAAGAAGACUGCGAAGGCUACCACGACGGCUACGGCGCUUCCGAUGUCAAUGCCAAGCGCCGAAAGCCCUGUUCGCCGCAUGAUGGGCAAGAUGGUCUCAUGGCGCCCCCGCCGUCGCGAGGGUCUCGGUGCCGGCGCUGCUGCUGGUACCACCGUCGCCGAAUGGAGCAACGAGGACGAGCCACAGCUCUCCGCGCGUCCUCAGGAGAAUGCGAUGCCUGGCGGUAGCCACGACUAUGAGUCACACCCGUCGCAUGAAGGCCUCGACGAGCUCAACGUCAAGAUGCACGAGCUCGAACAUCCUGAGGCUCGCGCCGCGCAUGACAAGGACUCGCACAAGAAGCAUGGCAAGGGCGGACACGAGUCUUCUUCCGCUUCCUACGGCGCUUCGACCACCGCUACGACUACCGCGUUGUACGCCGCCUCCGCGCCCACUGCCUACGACGACAGUUCCUACGCGCCCAUGCCCGCCUAUGCCGCAUCACCUUACGGCGCUCGUCGUGCAAUUGUAGCAAGAGACAACGCCCGCCGCGCAGGUGCCAGCGCGGACGACGUGCGUACGGCGCUACAGGAGAUCAUGAAGGACGUGCCGGAGCGCCUCGCGACCAUCUGCGGUGGUACGCCCGAGGAUUCGUCGAACGGGUUGCCGUCGUGCAGCUGGGAGGAGGCGAUGAAGCCGUACAUCUUGACUUGGCCUUAA